GAGCCUCCACCUCCGUUACCACCUUUCCCGAUCAAAUGGUCGACGGUUGCUGUCACAGUGGAGAGCAAGGAGGGUGACUCUCUUGAUGCUGUCAAGUUGAUGGAACAGCUAGCUUUGAGCUCAUCACCAGAACUUAGCUUUGCUGUAGUGGAUGCCCUGGAUAUGGCAAUGGAGGUAAGGACGGGGAGAAGGGAGGGUGGGAGAGGGAGGGAGGGGGUUGUGAGGGGAGGGAGGGAGGGGGGUGGGAACUUGGGAGGAGUGGGACUGUCUCUUAUACACAUCUAGAUGUGUAUAAGAGACAGCUUAUUAAGAAGGGAGACAAAAAGGAGAUUCGUAA